AGUAAAAUCACAUCAGCAUUUGAGCAGUGUUUAUUUUUAACCUUUUUAUUGAUGCAGGUUUAAUUAUCUUGCAUGACACAACAAUCAAACACUUUGUUGCUUUGGCCGCUCACCAUCAUGAUGAGUGUUUGGAUGUAAAGAGAUACAAGAAAAGGUAAUCUUUAGCAUUCAUCCGUCUCUCCCCUAUUUCACGACACCAAAACAGCUUUCCCCGAAACUGGAUGUCAACAUAUCAAAGAUGACGACCAUACAACGCUUCACGCCUCAACACUCACCCUCUCACCCUUCAUCAAAUGCAUCACCUACUUCAUCCGUCAGCGCAGAAGAAGAAAGAGCUGAAAUCCACCCGCCUCAAGAGCAAGAACAAGAACAAAUCCGACCUCCAAAAGAGUUUGAAAUCCCAAAUGCUCUACGUGGAUGGACUGCACAUCAAAGCCAUGGCCAGGCCACUGUGCUAUUCUACGUCCCACGCUGGGUACAAGCAGAAGCAUUAGAUGUGACUAUCGAAGAGGAUUACAUCGUUGCAGGAAUGCGAGGCCACAAACCAAUCGUAAGUGCACGCUUAGCAGGUAGGAUCAAUUCUACCACUUCUGCAUGGCAAUUAGAACGAAAGUCAAACGGGAAACGCAGUCGAAGCAGAAGCAGAACACGAAUGAGAACACGUUCAAGCGAUCAAAUCAGUAGUAACUCUUCUAGUGGUAAAGGCUGGGUAAAGGCGGGCGCAAGACCUUCAAGAGAAAGCGGUGUGGCCACAAAUACGACCAGUCGUCCAAACUCACCCGUUCAAAGCGAUACAUCAAGCUUUGAAAUGUUAGCCAGAAGUAUUGAUACGCUUGCUUCAAGACCAUCAAUGCCAAGUAGCGAAGGAAUAGGAUCGCCACGCUCUCUUUCACAAAGUAUGACAUUAUCGGAUGACAGCAACGCACGCAAUUCCACAGCAGGAGGUGCUCGAAGUAUGGAAUCGAGCAUCAGCAUUGAGCAUAGCCAGACACCUUCCAGUAGCAGCAAAGGAGACACUUUCGAAGACCCAACAAGGGAUGCCAAACUUGUCACUUUGCACUUGGAUAAGAUCGACGGUGGAAUAUGGCCUUGUAUUGUAGAAGGCCCCGUCCCUACCAGGGAAGCAAUGGCACACCCUUCAACUCAACCACUUGCACGUCUCGUAUCUGUGCAAUCGCAAGGUUCACUGAAUGCUGCAAUCAGUGAAGCUAUUCGACAACAACAAAGCCGGUCACGGGAAAAUUCAUUUGAUUCUUCUGAUGGGAACGAGCCCAUGGUCAAUGAAAGCACGUUGACCGUGGAUACAAUAUCUAGUGACGAUAGCACAACUGUUUUGGGUAGCGGACAAACGGCACAAAUGGAAGAGGAUUUGUACAAUAUGGACCCAAUAAGUCUCACAUUGAUGGGAAUGCAACAUGCAAGAAGAAGCUCUUCCAUGCCUUUUGGAGGGGCAAGUACUCGAGAUGAAUCGCAGGCGUUUGAAUGUUACCGUCGAGCUUGGCGAGAAGCAGAAAUACCAACGGCGAUUGAACAUCUUGUGCACUAUUACCUCCCUCUCAAUCCAGCAAAAAAGUCCACAAUCUUGGCUUCCUACAGACAACGCUUGACUGCCGCUUUAGGAGGUUCAACAGCCUUGGCUCGUCUUUACGUCUCUUAUGCUCACCUAUACAUGCAAUCGUACGAAUUUGAUCGGCCACUUUUGGCACUUCCCCUAACAGGAAUGUCAAAUAAUCCCUUUGGUGCACAUUCUGUUAUGCAUGAGGGGAUACAAGGAGACAAUGAAGGGAUCGGUCCAUUGCAGUAUUUACUAGAAGCAAGGAACUUGGACCCAGCUUUGGUCAUCUCAGAGGAUGAUUGGCAAGAAGCAAAGAAGUUGGACGAAGAGCGAAGCGCACACCACAGUUGGAGUGGGGCAGCCUCACCUUCUGCCAGAUCAGACGAUACCGGCAGUCAACCGAGCUCAGGCAAAAGUCGAAAGACAAAACGUCGUAAAGCCGGAUCAAGACGUGAUAAACUUGGAGGACACCAUCAUCAUCAUCAUUCGACAGAUCAAGGAAUCGUAUUCUUGGUCGUCAGUAGAGCUGCUCUUUUGAGUGUUGCCGUGGCAGGUUGUAUGGCCGUUGCAGGUUGGUAUCGAAGAGCAGCUACUGGCGCAGGUGCUUAACAGGAAGGGUUGUUCACUUUCUUUUCUCAUUUUUGUCAUCAUUUGUAUUCAACACAGUACCUUUUCCAGCAUGACUGAAGAUGAGUAGGAUAGAUCUCAUAAUUG